UGGGGAAGAGGUUUUGCUUGUGUUUCACCAGGAGAAAAUCAGCUUCCUGUUUGGAUACCCACUAGACAUUUGAAGUUCUACAAUGAACCCAUCGGAGAUGCAAAGGAAAGCGCCUCCACGGAGACGGAAACACCGCAAUCAGGCACCAUUGACUCGCAGGAUGAAUCAAGUGGUGAUAUUAGAAAAACAGAUGAAGUCACCACGCACCAAGAAGGCGGAGCUGCCAACCUGGGCACAGUUAAAGAAGCUGACACUGUUAGCUAGAAAAAGCCUAGCUAGCACAAAGGUGACACAAACCUCAGAAAAAAUGCUGUUUGCAGCUUUAAUGGUUGUAUCAAUGGUGGUAAGUCUCCCCAUGCCUGCAGGAGCAGCUGCAGCUAAUUAUACCUACUGGGCCUAUGUGCCUUUCCCGCCCUUAAUUCGGGCAGUCACUUGGAUGGAUAAUCCCAUUGAAAGCAAGAGAAGGCGUGUGGAUCCCUGUGUCCAUGGAUCGACCAUGGGAGGCCUCGCCAUCCAUUCAUAUUUUGACUGAAGUAUUAAAAGGCAUUUUAAAUAGAUCCAAAAGAUUCAUUUUUACUUUAAUUGCAGUGAUUAUGGGAUUGAUUGCAGUCACAGCUAC